AUGGACGAUUCAACAUUAAAUUCACAAUAUCUUUCAUCGUCUUCACAUUUGGAAAAUGUUGAAGCAUUAAUUAAAAAUUUAGAAAAACAAACAAUAUCUACAUUAGAUAAUUUUGAACAUGUUAUUGGUGGUGAUCGAACACAAUAUAAAUCAUUUAUAACAAGUUCAUUGACAUCAUCUGGUACAAUGAAUAUUGACGAUAAUCCAGAUGAUAAUUUUCUUGUUCAUAGUAUAUCGCAAGAACCAGGUGAAAAUUCAACAGAUAGUUUAUUUGCGCAACGUGAUUUAUUUGGUGAAUCAGUAAUUAAUAAUCGUAAUCGAACUCCAACAACAGCAUACGAUGAACGAACUGUUCCAACAGAUCAAUCAAUUACUGGUGAUGGUUUUCAAUGGGAUGAUCAGUAUGAUGCGAGACAAAAUUAUCGUUUAACGUUUAGUGAAUCAAAACAGCGACCACAUCAUCAUCACCAUCAUCAUAAUAAUAAUAAUAAUAAUCACCAUAGUCAUCAUUUGCACAAGAGUAACCAUCAGCGACCAAAGACAGACGAAAAGAAAAAGAAACGAUCAUCAUCUACAUCUAAUGGUCAAUCAACAUCCACCUAUUUAGAUGAUUUACCGCCCGAUACAUCGACAACAAAUUUAAACGAUUGGUCUAUGCGUUCAUCAUUUGAUCUUGAACAAUCACUUGAUAUGUCACCACAACCAUACGUACAGCAACAACAGCCGAUUCUCACAACAUCCUCAUCAACAACAGCUCUUCUACGCUCACAAGCACAAAAAGAAGCGGUUCCAUUACCCCAUUCUCCUGGUGGCUCAUCAACAACUUCAAGUUCGUCUUCAACAUCGUGGAAACGCAUGAAAGAAAGUCAACGUACGUCAUCAGGUGUUGAAGCCAAAGAAACUCGACCACCAUCUCCGUUUAGUCUUUAUCGAAUAUUUCAACAGAAAACAUCAUCUACGCCGCCUUCGAUAGCUCCACAACAUGCACGUGGUAGUGCAUUUCAAAUAUAUCGUCAUUUAAGCGCAGAUAAUGAUACUACAGCAGUUGUUCCAAAUACAUCUACAAUGUCAAUAUCAGGCGAAAAUAUACUUGACAACGGAGGAAUUAAGCAUCUAAAUGCAGCUACAAAACGUUCAAAAACGCGUGAGAAACGUGAAGAAUCAACACAAUUUCCACCUCAUAUUACUGACCAAGGCAUACAAACAUCAAUGUUAAUGUCACAAACACAAAUGACAGCACCCUCUCAUGAACAAUAUCGACGAACAAGUAAAUCAUUACAAACAGAUAAUCUAGGAGUAUCACGCUCUAGUCGACAGGCAGGAAAUAAUUCAAAUGUAUCCAGUGGAGAUAGUUACUUUCCAACAAAGUCGGAAUCUGCUGAUCGUUCACAACAAGCACCCAACACACACAGAUUUAUGUCUCCAAGUCCAUCUUCAUCAAACUUAUUAUCUGUCCCAAAAAUUGCCCAACAAACUUCUACGACAACCUCUUCAACUUAUAAGUCGUUACCCGAUCUGUCGUUUAUCUCGCAAUAUUCAAAAGAAAUACCACAUUCUAGUUCUCAAACUACUUCACCAGUACCACCGACUAAUUUUCAAUCAUCUUCUCAAACAGAAUUUAUCACUUCAUCCAAUUCCACAUCUCAACAACAACAACAACCACAAUCCGAACGUCCUCGUACAUUAAAAUCAAUUAAACGUUAUAAAAACAGUAAACAUCAAACAGAGCCAUGUGUAUUUUAUAGUCCACAAUUACGAAAAACGUUUGCUGCUAUACCAGCAGCGCAAGUUCAAUCGGGGCAAAAUCAAGUAAUGAUGUUCAAGAUGCAACAACAACAACAGCAGCGGACUCAUGGCAAACCUCCACCAACUCUAAAAUCGUGUUUAAAACACAACAUUCGUGCUAAUUCAUGUGAUAUUGCGGCCGUUCUUCGACUUCAACCAACGCUACCUCCUCGCUCAUCAUCGGCUGCAAAAAAUGAAAAAAAACAAAUUUAUGUUGAGCAAUCAAAGAUUGAAACUCCGGUUAUUGACAACAGUGCAAAAGAUCGUUCGUCAUCAUUGACACCUCCAUCACCAAAACGUCGUUAUUCUGAACCAUAUUUAUUAGAACAACAUGAACAAAAAUGGGAUAAAACAAAUCAUGUCCCUUCCUCAUCUGAACUACCUAAUUAUAUGUUAUUGAAUUCAGCUGAUAAUAAAGAUAAUCAACAACCACAAUCUACUCAUCAUUAUUCUGAUUAUGAUUUAAAUAUGAUGGUACAAACAAAGAAAAGUGUUAGCUUUUCAGAAAAUAUUGCCAAACAUUUAAUAUCACCAUGUAAUCCAGGAAUAACCUUUACUUCAACGAUUGAACAAGAACAACAGCCAACAAAUGAUCUUCUGUUAACAUUACAUGGUAAAGAAUAUAAUACAAUGUUGAAAACAUUACGUUAUGGAGCGAAAGACGGAAUGAGAAGAUGUCAAACCGAUAUUAUUGUCAUGAAUCCUGUCAAUCUUCACAGUUUUACAGAUAGUCCACCAAAUGAAUUUCGUUUACAAGAUGAUGGUGGACAACAUGGCAACAAUAGCAAUGAUGAGGAUGAUGACCAAGCCAUUCUAGAAAAAACUACAGUGAAUUAUGUAGAAGAUGGUAACAUUCCUUCAAACACUUCUGACAUAUUGACCACAACUCCUCCUACUCCUUCUACUCCUACUACUACUGCUUCUUCUUCGAAUGUAGAACCAGAACAUAAUAAAAUUGAGCAACUUCUUUUAAAUGAAAAAGAAAAUGUAAAUACUGAGCAACAAAAACAGCAACAAGUUGAAAAAACCAAAAAAAUUAAUACAGAAAUUAAGCCUGAAAUUAUUUCCUCCUCACAAAAUACUCAUCAUACAACUGAAGGAAAAACUUUAAUGUCUAAUUCAUUUUUAAUGAAUUCAUCAACAUUAACACAACACCCCCCACGAACAAUGGAAGCUGUACUUGACAGUGUCACUGAAACAAUAAAACAAAUAUACGAAAUUAAACGAGGUGAUAAGUCAUUUUUUCUUAAUAAUGAAUCAAAUCCUCAAUUAGAUUAUUUAUUACAAAAUAAUUUGUGUCUUGCUGUACGCGAUAUAUUAGAAAAUGGUUUAAAACAUCAGCAACAACAAUCAUUAUUUACCGCAAAACGGAUCACAUUAUGGAAGAUAAUUGACUUAGCUGUAGGACAAGACAAUGAUAUUUCGAUGUUUGAUGCCUAUCAUCUAGAUAUGUCAGGUCAAAUACCUAGUCCAUUCUACGAUGCUAAAAUGAUUGCACAAAAUGUUCAAACAACAAGUUGGUUUUGUAGAUUUCAAGCAUUUAUUUAUGCACUUUUAAAUAAAAGUGAGCUAACAAAUUGGCUUUAUCAUUACAUGCGUCAAAAAGACUUUCUUCUACGUUAUUAUGAUCCGACAGCACUUAUGCUUGUAAAUAAUCAUGAUACAUUUAAUAUGUUUGAACGUUUAAUGUCACAGUUUGAAAAACUUUCACCAUUCGCAUUUCGUUUAACGUUUAUACCACCAUCAUUAUCUCCGACUAGUGUAUCGGGCACAAUGUUAGCAUCAAAUGAUGAUUUAACGACAACAAGUACAACAUCGAACGGUGUCAAAGAUUGGGCAAUGACAAUGUCAAGACGAGCAUCAAAAACAUUUGGUAAUAACAGUAGUGUAACACAACCGAUAAUUGCUACCGUUGAUCAUACUCCAGUAAUAACAAAUGGAGGUACAAUACGUUCAACAUUAUCGAAAAAAUUCAAUAUGCGAACAUGGUUUCGGGGAAACGGAAAUAAUAAUACGGUUUCUGAUCCAACUACAAGAAAAGGAACAACAUCAGCUGUAACAACAAAAUUAGUAGUUAUUCAUAAAAGAUAUCUGAAGGAGCGGACGUCUUUAGUGGAUGGUCUCUUACCUGUACCAAAACAUGACACGAAUUUUGAAAUGAACAGUAACAAAUUACGAACAACAUCACCUAGACGUCCACCAUUAACAAAUGUAUUUAAUAAUAAUAGUACUAAUGCGGCAACAUCCACUCAAAAACCCGUAACUCCUACUAAUAAUCGUACAUCCAUAUCUCGUCGAGGUGCCUCGCCAGCUCCAGCAAAUUCGUCACCGACAACAGCAACAACAGCAACAGCAUUUCAUUCAAAAAUUCCGCGACCAUCAUUAAAUGUUGACAAAACGAAUAAACCACUAUCAGCACGUUAUCGUGCAGGUCAAAAUACAACAACCACCACAAAAUAA